AUGCUUUUUCAGUAUAUUUUAGCCAUUCCGCUAGCAGUUAGUCCACUGCUUUACUCUAUAUCCGCCGCGCCUGUCGGGCCAUUUGCUGGAAACCCAGCUUACUCCGUCGAUAUCACAAAAACGAGAGGCGAUCGCGAAUGGUACUUUCAAGUCUAUUCAAAGGGCUACAAAAAAUUCGAUGAAGACGGCGACCAGGAAACUGUUGAUAGUCUCGAGGUCGAUAUCGUGGACAAGCGCCUUACUGUCUACAAAGCCAUGAACGGACUCGAUGAGGCUGAUCCCCGCCUUAAGAUGCGUCAGGUUCUUAAGGAGUGUUGGACGAUGACUGGCCUCAAGCCUGAGGAGAUUAAGGAAGUUAAGGGCGACCAAAUCGAUAACAAAAACAUGCAAGACGCUCUCACAGACUGCCGCAAGGGCAUGAACUUAGGUGGCAGAGCUGACUUUACAGUCUCAGCUGCUGACACAGAAACGGCUAAGAAAAACUGUUGGGACAGGCUGGGGAAAACUAUUUUCUCUUCUGUAAUCAAAGGUGCCAUCUCCGAUUUUAGUAUCUCCAAGGAACUCGUUCAGCUCAGAGUAGAUAACACGUGGCGAGGAGAUAAUCUCUACUACACUUUCUCAUAG